AUGGCGCCACGCGAGGAGUCUCCCUACACGACUCUCGGCAUCUCCUCCAACUCGGACGACGUCGAGAUCAAGAAGGCGUGAGUGGAAGCGGUCGCCCCGGGUUCCAUAGCAUUCCUUCGUGAUUCCAGGUACCGUAAGCUGGCGUUGAAGUGGCAUCCAGACAAGCACACGGACGACAAAUCAAAGGAAGAGGCCGAGCAGAAGUUCAAAAAGAUCGCACAAGCCUACGAAAUACUAACCGACAGUGAGUUCGGCCGCAGACUGUCUGAGCACAUAAAAAAGUACUGAAACUCGGUAAAGCACCUGUGUGUUUUUAGUGCGGAGAGCUCGUAAAAAGUUUUUUGAUAUCGAAGGCGAGGAGGAGUACAACUAGAUUAUUUCCGGUCAGAGUCUAACCGUGAGAAGAGCCACGUCAUAAUGAUUUCACUGGUCUUCUCGGAUAUUUGUUCGCCUCGAAUUACGUUCCCGGAAAAGGAGAGCAGGGUGGCAAAUGAAUGGAUGAAUGGCCGAUUGUCUUUGGAUUCUGUUUAUUUGCCCGGCGCUCUUUCCGUUCUUUCUCACUUGAACUCCACACAAAAACAGUGAUACCGAAGCGAUCGCAUCGCCUUUUUCUGUGUUGUAUUUGGGUUGCGGAUGAGCGAACACGCAAUAGAAACACAAAAACAACAACAAACCGCCGAUCCCCUCUCUCGACGCUUCGUUCAUUCAUAAUUUCAACACUUUCAAAGCCGCAGAGAAGGGAGAGAGAGAGAGAGAGAGGGAGAGAAAAAGAGAAAGAUGUGUAAACUGGUGUAUUGUUGUGUAACAAUCAGUCCUUCAAGCACCUGCUCUUGAGAAGUUUGCCAAUUAGUUGUCGAAAAUGUGUGGCUGGCGGCAAGAGCGAGUGGCCGUCACGACUAAAGAACACCGUGGGGAAUGAGACGUUUUCAGGGCUCCGAGGAAUACAGUAAUUCUUUGUUUUUUUGCAGAAAAGAAGCGUGCCGACCUGGAUCGUUCCGAGAAUCCGGGGCUUCAUCGACGCAGAAGCGCGCCUGGUUUCCGAAUGCACAGUCACGACAUGUUCCGCUCGCCGUUCGAUAUUUUUCGCGAAUUCUUCGGACACCGCGACCCGUUCGAAAACGUUUUCUUUGACGAUUCUUUCACAUUUCCCGAUGUCGACUCGUACGCAUUCAAGAGCCCUCCACGAUCCGCCGACUUCCAGACGAAGCACACCUACCACAGGUUCCCGCCGAGCCGAGUGCACAUCUUCUACGACGACCAGAAGAAGGAGAGAGACGACAAGAAGUGAGAGAAAAGAGAGAGAAACAUUUGUCAUUAAAGUAACCAUUUUACAGUACAUUCUCUACCGUAAUCCGAUUCUCAAGUCCAACUGAGCCCGGAAAGAAUGCGACCGUCCGCAAAACGUCAACUUCCACGAAAGUCAUUGAUGGCAAGAAGAUUGUAACGAAAACGGUGGAGAACGGAGAUGAGCACAUCGUCGAGGUAAGCUGGAACUUGCGGAAAUGAAAGAUUAACACUGGAAUUGUAGAUCCACGAAGACGGCGAGCUCAAGUGCCGGACAGUGACCACUCCGCCAGCCUCGCCAGCAGUUGUCGUCUCAGCCUAA